CAUCCCAAACCACCACGACCGCGUCCCCCUCCAACCAACGAAAAUAUGCCGUCUGAAGAUACCAAGGAGCGCAUUGCCAAGUUCAUUGAGAUUGGACGCACCAUUCUCCACUACGGCUGGGUACCGGCGGUCAUCUACAUUGGCUUCACGAGGAGCAACCCGCAGCCGUCGCUCAUCAAGCUCAUCAGCCCUCUGGCGUAAUGCCGUCCACCACCACUCGUCUUGUGCCCCUUGUAUCAUAGCAUACGCCUAAUUGAAUAUACCGCGCACCGCUCUAUAAUAUCUCGUGUCCCCGCAAGUCUUCUGGCCGAACCUGCAAGCCCUGGGACAUACGCA